AUGCCAUCAAGGAGCGCGCCGCCUGCUGCCACUCCCACUGCGCCCGUCGCAAACAGUCCCCAGAAAUACUGUCACCUCAUGAAGACACAGGACACCACCAUCCUUCUCACGCUCACCUCUUCCCAGAGGAGCCUGGCAGCAGUCAGCAGGCAAGGUAGAGUGCCACUUUGCAGGGUCCCGGGCAGCCGAGGUCCGGGCCAGGCCUCCAUGCAGCAGGGAGCGUGGUCCUGCUGGGCGGGGUGGCGUCCGCAGUGCGCACGCGUGACUCUCACACGGGCCGUGAGCCGGAGGCGUGGGAGGAGUGGCUGCAGCCGGCACCUGCAUGGUCUCGCCGUGUGCAAGCGUUGCACGGGGCCAUCCGGCUCCAGUCCGACCAGUUCUGUGCAGAGGAGACAGCUGCCCAGGGUUGGGGGCCUGGCAGAGGAGGGUGAACUCACUGAGGUCACACACCUGUCCGUGGGUGGUGCCCAGAUCUUUGCAGAGGACUUGCAAGUCCCUAAGACCUUCAGCAUCAUCUUUGGUAUUUCAGGACUCCUCAACCACUUGGCCCCUAAGUCUACAGUAAAAUAA